CUGUCGAAGCAAAACCCCAAGCCCCAGGUACGACCAACGUCCACAGUCCGUCCACUUCCUUGUGACCCCAGCCGGAUGCCGUAAUCUUUAUCGCCGCUGGUCUAAGCCGUCAAUAGUUAAUUAACGAGAUAUAGCUAUUACUCGACUGUUUAUAAGGACUAGGGUUUACAUUUCAAAGAAGUUGCAAAUGCAGAGCAUCAACCCAUGUUUUAGCGACGUUAAUUCACUAUCCGCUAAUUACUUUUCUCUGCAACGUGGAUUAUGCGUAUCAGGCAGACAUGCACAUAGCCUCCAGUUAUGGCAUGUACCAUAUGAUAGAAAAAGAUUUUCCCUCAAGACCACGAAUUCAGAACUUUACAAACUACAUUUUGGAAAUUUAGCAAAACCUUUUCAUUCAAGUGAAUGCCACAAUUCACCAAUGUUGAUAUACAAUCAGCCCAAAAGAAGCCAUAUGAGAAUCCAUUCAGCAUCUGCAGAAUUCCUUAUUUUUGCACGUGUUGGUUCAGUCAUCAAUAAUGCUGCUGAAUCAUUUUUCAAGAGUGAGAUAAGAAGGAGAUUAUUUGUUACUGCUGCAUUACUUGUGAUUAGUCGUGUAGGAUAUUUUAUUCCUCUUCCUGGUUUUGAUAGAAGAUUAGUACCAGAGAAUUACCUUAGUUUUGUCUCGGGUUCAGUUGAGGAGCUUGGUGAGCUGGCACCAGAACUUAAGCUUUCCCUAUUCCAACUUGGAAUCAGUCCCCAAAUUGCAGCAUCUAUUGUUAUGCAGGUACUUUGCUAUGUUCUUCCUUCAUUGGUCAAGCUAAGGAAAGAAGGGUUGGAUGCUAAUGAGAAAAUAAAGGGUUAUAUAUGGUGGAUGUCGCUUGGGUUUGCAAUAGUAGAGGCACUGAUCAUUUCUUAUUUUUCACUUUCGUAUUCGAUUUAUGCAGCAAAUGCAAGUCAAAGAUUGAAGCACAUCAUGUUGACAACAAUUUUGUUGGUUUCUGGUGCAAUGACUACAACAUGGAUCUGUGACAAAAUAUCAGACUCUGGUUUUGGUCAUGGAUCAUCUUUGCUGAUAUGUGUGAAUAUCUUGAAUGGCUACAUAGAGACAUUACAUAAAAUGUUGUCUCAGCUCUCAGGUGGCAGUGGAUGGUGGCAAUAUAUAUUUGGAGUGUCGGGUGUGUUUGUUGUUGUUACUAUGUGGGCGGUUGUUGUAACUCAGGGUUGCAGAAAAAUCAAGCUGCAAUACUAUGGCUUCAAACUUGCAUCUUCCACAAGAGAAGAUUCCCCAGUUACAGAGGUGGAGCAAUAUAUUCCAUUCAAUAUUAAUCCAUCUGGAAUGCAACCUGUCCUCACUACCAGCUACCUAUUAGGCUUUCCUGCAAUUGUUGCCAGCUUUUUUAUCUAUGCAUUCUUUGUUUUCCUUUUCAACAUAUUUGAUAUUGCGAACAUGCCAAAGGAAAUUGCAGAGUACUUGAAUAAAAUGGGGGCAAGGAUACCAAAUAUAAAGCCUGGAAAGGCGACUGUUGAAUAUUUGACCAAGAUUCAAGCUUCAACCCGUUUCUGGGGUGGUUUGCUGUUGAGUUUUACAUCUGUUCUAAUCAUCGUGGGUUCAAUCAUCGAACUAAAAAGAUCUUAUGAAGCCUACAAUGUCAUGCCAAGUUUAACCAAAGCUUUAAAGCGAUACGGUGUAUGAUACACACGUAGAUUGAUACAUAUUCUACCAAUUUAAAACACAAAAAGGGAAGCAGCAUGCAUAUUGUCUUAUUGCCUUAUUGCAUGAUGGAUGAUGAUGUGUUGCAACAAAGGGCUCCACUCUGAGCAGACAAUAAAAAAAAAACAAAGUUUCACGUCUGGGAUAUGAACCAUUUGUGGGGGCAAACAUACUCUCUGGUUAUAUUAUAUGCUGGUAUAUGUUUUGUUGUCCCAGUGCCUCGUCGGGUCAUCAAUAUUAUUAUUAUUAUUAUUUUUUUUUUUAAUGUUUUGGGGAAAGUUUUGAUUAUAUGAUUUUCUUUUGUAUAAAUGAAAUUCUUGUCAUAGGUAUGUAUGACCAUUUUGGAUCUACAUCAAUGUUUGUUUUU